CCAACCCUGACCGGACAGAGCCACCCGCAAUCCCUCCCCCAUCCCCCCGCACCCUUCGCCUCAUUCUCCCUCUCGGGGAAGGUCAGAGACCAAACGAAGCCGCCUGCUCACAGAGCCUCGGCCAGCCUCCGGGAGAGGUCCCUGUCCGCUGGUAGCCAGCCCCCGCCCUGGGCACGGCAGCCCCCAAAGAGGUAGAAUGGCUGGCAGAUUCUGGCUGGCAGCCAGCACCCUGGCCAUGAUCCUGGGCAUGGCAGUAACUCAGGAGAACGUGUGCCAAGCACCGCCCGGCAAAGAUGGCUACCCUGGAGUACCGGGCCUCAGCGGGAGGCCAGGGCAGAAAGGCGACACAGGCGAGCCAGGGUUACCAGGAAGAAGGUCAGGGAUCCGGGGACCCAAAGGGGAUGAAGGGACACCUGGACCUCCUGGCAUGCCUGGGAACCAGGGCUACAGGGGGCCAAAUGGUCCCCCCGGGCUCCCAGGGCAGCCGGGACAGAAGGGAGCCAAAGGCCAGGCUGGCAAUAUCAAGGAUCAGCCCCGGCCCGCCUUCUCGGCCUCCAGGAAGAAGCCCCCCGCCAGCGGGAACGUCGUGGUCUUUAACAACCUCAUCACCAACCAGGACAACAGCUACAACCCCGAGACGGGCCGGUUCACCUGCAAGGAGCCCGGCGUCUACUACUUCGCCUUCCAGGUGAUCUCCAGCGGGAACCUCUGCCUCAGCCUCGUCCGCAACGAGACAAAGGAGUUGGGCGUCUGCGACAGCAACAGUCGCGGCCUCCUGCAGGUGAACUCGGGGAGCGGCGUGCUCCAGCUGGCCAGGUACGACCAGGUCUGGCUCGAGAGUGACCCCCGCCAAGGCAACAAAGUGUACGACGGCACCGAGGCCGACAGCGUCUUCAGCGGCUUCCUGCUCUUCCCUGAGACUCACUGACACCCCUCAGCCAGCUACAGCAAGGCGGCCCCUGCCUCUCCGAGCCCCCACCGCUUCGCCCGCUGGCCUGCGAGAGCCCUGACGGGGGUGCACGCAGGUCCUGGGGGGCCGCAGGCCAACCGGUGUGUGCAGACCCAGCCUUUCCUCACCCAACCACUCAGGAGAGCGCUGCGCCUGCACACGCCCGCCUCCGUGCCACUGAGGCUGGGUGCCCAGUGUGCCAGGCAGGGGUGGGAGCCGGCUGCUGAGCUGCCCAGGGCCUGUAUAAAGAUCAUUUGUGUCCAGUUCCCCGAGUGUAGGGGAUAUAGCCCCUGGCCAAGCGUCACAGCCCAGACCCUGCUCCCGCAGGGCUCCCCUUGGCUUUGAUGGGACCAGGCUGGUCCUGGGCAUUGUGGGACGAGCGCACUCCCAGCCUGCCAAACAGACCGGGAAUCCCCACCUGACCCCUGGGCUGGCGGGGGCCUGGCCCCACUCAUGGGAUGGCAUCUGGACUUCCGGGGUCACUCGCAGCAGGGGCCUCCCUCCUAGCACCCAGUAUGGGGUUCCUCAGACGAGGGGGGGGCUCCUUCCUCAGGCCCCAUGGCCAUGACGCCGCAGCCCAGGCCUUAGACGAGAUCUGUCCGCAAAAGGCCAAAGCCUCCCACAGUGACCCUGCCCUGCUGGCACCCCUCUGCCCUGGGCCUGCGUCCCUGUAACAUGCCCUUUGCUAGCAUACGGCCUUGAGAGAGCUGCCCUGGGGAUCAGGAUGUGGCAUGUGGCACCGAGGGGGCAGUGUCUUGGGGUGAGGGGGUAGCUAGGCUGUGCCUGGCCUGGAACCCCAGCUCACGCCCUGGGAAGCAUCAUCUCGCCUUCCAGUCAGGUCCAUUCCAUCGUCAACAGCCGGCACGCUGCCUAAAAAACCAUAGUGCCCACUCCAGGCAGGGUCCCCCACCUUCCCGGCCAGGCGCUGCCAUUCGGCACGGGCCGUGUCCCCCAGGCCGAGGAGAGCGGUCACACUCUGUGCUCUGUCCAAGCAGCAGUCGCAGACAGUGCCCCGGUCCCAGGGGCUCAGAUCUUCCUGCCAUGCUGGUUCUCAUCCCCCUGCCGAAGGAGAUCAGUUGUCACCCGUGUCAUUCCCCCGCUGUGGCCCCUUUAGUCCCUGAUAGGAAAUUGCUGUCAGUUGUGGCUCGCGCUGUACUAACCAUUGCAAAUCCGGAGCUGGCUGCAGGCCACCCCUGGCUUUCACCCCCUUCCAAUCAGCACAGACAAAUAAACCCUUUCUUUCCCUCGCUCA